AUGGGGGCAUUUCAGGGAGGAGUGGACAACGAGGCCACGCUGACAGCCUACAUCACUAUCGCCUUGCUGGAGAUCCCACUGCCCGUGACUUUCUGCCUGGAAACAGCAGCAAACCAGAAAGAAAACCACGUGUACACCAAGGCCCUGCUGGCAUACGCCUUUGCCCUGGCAGGGAACAGGGAGAAGCGGAAGGCAUUGCUUGACUCACUUGAAAAGGAAGCUGUGAGAAAGGAUGGCUCUGUUCACUGGCAGCGGCCUGGGAAGGAGCCCGAGGCCGAUCUCCCGUUCCAUCGCUCCUCCCGAGCUCCCUCUGCGGAAGUGGAGAUGACGGCCUACGUGCUCCUGGCUCACCUCACCUCGCAGCCAGCCCCUGCCCAGGAGGAGCUGGCCUUUGCAUCCCUUAUUGCAAAGUGGAUCAGCAGCCAGCAGAAUCCCAGUGGAGGCUUCUCCUCUACCCAGGACACAGUGGUUGCUCUCCAAGCCUUGUCCCUGUAUGGAGCUGCCACCUAUGCCAAGAGUGGGGCAGCUUCCAAAGUGGCCCUGCAAUCUGGAGAGGACUUCCAGCAAGACUUCCAAGUGGAUGCCAGCAACCGGCUGCUGCUCCAGCGCGUGCCCCUUCCCCAGGUGCCAGGGGAGUACAGCGUGGAGGUGUCUGGUGAAGGAUGCGUCUACCUGCAGACCAGCCUGAGGUACAACGUGCAGCCCACGCAGGAGGAGGCGCCCUUCAUGCUCCACGUGCACACAGUCCCCGAGGCGUGUGGGGACUCCAAGGCUCACAAGGUCUUUGACAUUGGCAUAAACGUCAGUUACACAGGGGAGCGCAAUGUCUCCAACAUGGUGAUUGUUGAUGUGAAGAUGCUGUCAGGAUUUGUCCCCUUGAAGUCCUCAGUGGGGAAGCUGGAAGGCCACCCUGUUAUUGAGCGCACAGAGCUGAACACCAACCACGUUCUGCUAUACCUGGAAAAGCUGGGCAGGGACACCCUGAGCUUCUCCUUCACAGUGGAGCGGGACAUCCCCGUGCGGGGCCUGAAGCCAGCCCAGGUGAAGGUCUAUGACUACUAUGAGACAGAUGAGUUUGCCACACAGGAAUACAGUGCUCCCUGCACCACAGUUGAGGAAGAACAAGGAAAUUCCUGAAGAAUGCAUCUUGUCGGAGCCUUGCUGUAUCACUCAUGUGUUUCUGCUCCUAGAAGAUCUUGUUAAGGGAGUGGUAUUGAAAAGUUAGAGGAGGACACCUCAAAAGCAAAAAGGAAGCAACACUUUAAAUAAAUUAAUUCUUGAUUCUCA